UGCCUCCGCAGCGCCUUAUCCGGGGAGCUGCUCCGCCCCGGGGCUGUCCGGCCAAAGGAGGAGGGCGCCGGACCCGGAGGCGGUAGUGGGUCUGUGCCAAGUUCUCCCCAACUAUCGAAGGCGUGAAGAUCUCGGGAUGUCAAAGCGAAGUUGGAGCCAGGCGGAAGAGGAGCGAAUUAACCAACUUUCAAUUUCAGAGUGCCUUGAGUGGGUCUGAGAAAGGUCGCAAUGGAGGCUGACGAAGCUGUCAACGAAAACCUAAAAAUGCAGUUUAAGGCUCUCCAGGAGCAGCAGCAGAAAAGGAUGAAAAAUCUGUUGGAGAAGAAAAAGGAAACUCAACAGAGCCUAAAACUGGACAACAAAGAGAAUCAAGACAAAGCCUUCGGAAUCCCAGACACUCUCAGUUUAUCGCUCUUGGCACCCGAGACGUCCGAUUCAGACAUUGGGACGAAAUUGCUGGAAACUGAAAAUGAGCAGCUGCAGAACCAACUCCGGGAGCUGGUGGAUGAGAACGGUCGGCUGUACAAACUCUUGAAGGAAAGAGAUUUAGAAAUAAAGCAACUUCACAAGAAGAUUGAGGAGGAACGGAUGGCUCUACUGGGGACUGCUGGUUUACCAGGGGAUGUCGCAGCUUCUAAAAUUGUGGAACUGGCCAAGCAGAACCGGCACGUGACAGCUGAGAUGGAAAGGGAGAAAACCAGAACAAAGCAGCUGAACAACCGGAUCAAACUACUGGAAAAAGAUCUGCAAAUGUCAACUUGCAAGUUGCAAUCACACGGUGACAGCCCAGCUUCCCGCAAAAAGUCAGACAGCACUAUGAGUCCAGAAAUGAAAGCGCUGCACGAAAAAUUGUCUGCUGUGAAUCUCAAAGCAUCUGAAUAUCGCAACCAACUACAGUCCACAAAGCAGGAACUUAAGAUGACGCAAAAGCUUCUCACCCACGAAGUGGGCGAAGACGUCAAUAUACAAAACCUUUUGUCCAAUCCUGGCAGCUGGCGAGGACGGGCUCAGCAAAUCCUUGUCCUGCAAGGCAGAGUGCGGGACUUAGAAACCCAACUGAAUUGUCACAAAAGAAAAUUAUCCGAGAAUGAUACCAGCGAAGACCUGCUGAGCUUCACCGACCCCAGGAAGUCCUCAGCCCAAGUCAAGAACCAGCUGCGGAUUCGAACUUUGGAAAGGGAGAAGAAAGAAGCAUUGGAAAAGCUCAUGAGCCAGUACCAAGUCCUUCAGAAGGAUCACGAGGACGUGAAGAAGAAGCUGGAGGGGUCCAAAGCCAGGAACAAGGUCUUGUCCAACGAGGUGAAGACCCUGAAGGACCAAAUUUCCACCCUGAUGGAGAAGGGGAAGCACGACAACGAACUCGUGGAUGCUCUCGUGAGCCAGCAGAAAGAAAUGCAAGGCAUCUUAAAAAAUCUGAGCCAGCAAGAAGAAAGGAACGUGGAAGGCGAGAAGGCCCUGGGGAAGAAGCUGAACGUCGAGAUCCAGAAGCAAAGCUGCCUCAUCGAGCAGCUCAGGCAGAUGGUGGCCGACCGAGAAGCUCAGGUGAAGGAGCUGGAAGAAGUGGUCAGGCAGCUGAGGUUGCAGCAGCGAAACCUACCCCUUCAAGAGGAAAGUGGAUUAGAUUCGGGUUCCACGCUGUCUACAGAGUCUUUAGAAGAGGAAAAUCAGAAUUUAGCAUCCCAGAAGGAAGACUCUAGCAGAAAUGACAGCUCCACACGGACAAUGUCGAAGAUGGGACACACCCUUGUGGACUCCGCAGCGACGUUAUUCCCAGCAACUCCUGACAGGGCGCCAGAGCAGAAAGAGGUCGGUUUCAGGACCCUGCAAGCUCAGAUCACUGAAUACAAGACUCUGUGUCAAGCAGCAGAAGUGGAACGCGACCGUUUGAUAGAGCUGGUCAGCAUCCUACAGAAAAGGGUGGACGAGAGCAUCACGAAAGUUUGGGAAGCGGAGAAGAAAUUUCAGGAACAGCAACACAAGUACGUCACUCUUGAGCAGCAGUUUGCCAAGCUGAAGAUGGAAUCCGGAAAGACAGUCGUGGCCCCCAAGGCCCAGCCCAAAACCAAAGCAGCUCAGCCACUCAGCAGCGGCAAAAUGAAUUGGAACGCCGGGGAUAAAAAAGAUCUGCCCUCCGUCCAAUUUUCCGAAGUGCCUCUGGAGUCUCAGUUAGAGGAACUCUCCACACAGCUGGCGAUCCAGAUGGACGAGAUCGAAGGCCUGAAGAGCGCUUUGCAAGAAUCUAUCCGGACCAAAGAGGAAGACUUCCAGGUGUACCAGGACACCGUGGGACAGGAGGGCGCAGAAGAUACAGCAGAUGCUGGUCCUGUAGAAGAUGCGGGUGAUCCCCAGCUAGAGGGACCCAGGGGCCAGCUCCUCUCGUCCAUAAUGAUGUACUCGUAGCCAUAUUCCCUGGAUCGGUAGUCUGGCACUCGUUCUGAACGAGUCUAGAAUCCGUAAGCGGGAAGGAUUUGCUUGGGUAGAAACCAACUUUGGAUCAACUUUGACAUCCCUUGCCAAACAAAAUCUGUUUUAAAACUUUUGCAGUGUAAAUACAGACCCUGUUGUCACUCGGCAACACCCGGACAAA